CCCCAAAAGGCAAAACAAAUCUCUCAAAUGGAAACAUGAUCAUGUAAUUGUAAACCCAAAACUUCUCUCGUUCUCUCUCUAUACCUUCACUUCUCUUGUUUUUAUAUUUAAUCUUGGCAGCUUUUUGGUAUCAAUCUGUCUUAAAUUGAUUCCAAUUUGCUUUUUUUUUUCUUCCCUUUUCUGGGCCAAGAGGAUUUUAGGGUUGGGUUGUGUGUUUUCCCGCACACACAAAUAUAUUGAAAAAAGGGCACACAUAGCUUCAGAGGUGUGUAGGGUUAGUAAGAAGAUGACCGAUGUUCGACCCCAACUGCUACAGAAGCCUGAGAGCACUACUGAUGCCUGUUCGAAUUUCGAGAGGGAUGGUUCCGAUUUCGAGAGGGGAUUGGAAGAAUUGAUGAGGGGGCAUUUAGAUGAUUGUAUGUCAUUUGCGUCUUGCAGCUCUCCUUGUAACAAUGAGGAUGGGAAUGAGAGUGAGGGCGGUGAUCAACUUGUGAGGAGGCGGAGAAGGUCAGAUCUCGAGGGUGAUGAUCUGGCCGAGACUUCUGCUGCUGCUAGAAGACGACAAUCACGCAUUUUGAGCAGGUGGGCUGCAAGGCAAGCACAGGAGAUGAUCACUACAAUAGAGAGAAGGAAUCGUGAAUCUGAGUUGAUGGCGCUUGCGGGUUUGCAUACAGUUUCUAUGCUGGAUUCUUCAUUCUUGAGGGAGUCUCAGUCUCCUACCUCGAGGAGGCAGGGGAAUGUUGAGAGGCCAAGCACACGAGCAUCAUCUAUUUUGCAGAUGUGGAGGGAAUUGGAAGAUGAACAUGUUUUGGAUCGUGCUCGGGAAAGGGUGAGGGAGAGACUUAGGCAGCGGAGGAGUGUGGACUUCAAUACAAAUGUUUCAAGCUCCAACAUGUCGGAAGGCCGAGCAAGUGAACAUCAAGGCAGUCUGGAGGAUAUUACCGAGAGUGAGAAUGAUUAUGGGGCUUGGUCCAACGAUCAAAUGGAAACACAUAAUGAGUGUCAAGAAAAUGAUGUUUCUAGUCGUGAGCAAUCUCCGGAUUUAGGUGAAGUUGAUGGGGAGAGGGAGAGAGUGAGACAUAUAGUUCGUGGAUGGAGGGAGACUGACGUCACUGAUCGUUCCUCUAGUGUUGCCGAGAGGAGUGGUAGUCCAAGAGCAGAGUGGCUCAGAGAAACCGAGCGUGAAAGGGUGAGGAUAGUGAGGGAAUGGGUGCAAAUGACUAGUCAGCAGAGGGGAUCUCGUGGCAGUCAUAGGGAAGAGCAAGGUGCAGUAGUUCAUGAUCAGAGUCACGAUAGGACAACCAUUGAAGAUGAAGGCCAGCCAGAGCAUAUUCGAAGGGACAUGUUGCGGCUGCGUGGAAGACAAGCUCUACUUGAUCUACUUGUGAGGGCUGAAAGGGAACGCCAAAGGGAACUUCAGGGUUUGACAGAGUUUCGUGCUGUUUCUGAUUUUGCUCAUCGCAAUCGAAUACAGUCGUUACUGAGAGGCAGAUUCUUACGAAAUGAAAGGCCCGUGGAGGAAGAGAGGCUUCCGUCAGUGGCAGCUAGUGAGUUAGUCCAGUUGAGACAACGUCACACUGUCUCUGGUCUGAGGGAAGGGUUUCGGUUCAGACUGGAAAACAUUGUCCGUGGUCAAGCAAGCGGCCAAUCUGAAAAUUCUUCUAACAAUAGCAACAAUGAUUUUGGAAGUGAUGAGACUCAUGCAAACACUCGACAUGAGAUUGAACAUCGAAACCAGGAGCAAGCUCAGUCUUUGGUUCAGGAAACCGACAUUCAUCAGGUUUCAAAUCAUGGAGGAAGUUUGGAAAGUGGUGCAACCAUUCAAAGUACAAAUCAGCAAGCAAACGUCGGUGAAGGAGAAGAUUGGCAGGGUCAGGUUGCUGCUGAUGAGAGUGGAGACUGGCAGCAGCCAGGCUAUAACGAGUUCAAUGAAUGGAGAGGUGGAAAUUCAGAAGCCGCUGAUCGGAAUUGGCAACAAAUUUCAGGUACUGAUUGGCCUCAAGAAACCUCAGGGAGUGAAGUACGUGCACGUAUGCAAGGAACAAAUGAGUCUUGGCAUGAACCAGGCUCACGGGAAACCGUUGAAAGUUGGUCCGAGGGGCCUUCUGGUCCUCCAAGAACACGGCGUACCAUUCCUGUUAGGAGAGCCAAUAGAUUCCAUGCACCAGAGGACGAUAAUGUGUACAGUAUGGAAUUAAGAGAACUUUUAAGCAGGAGAAGUGUUUCGAAUCUUCUUCGUAGUGGUUUUCGCGAGAGUUUGGACCAUCUGAUUCAAUCAUAUGUUGAAAGGCAAGGUCGUGGUCCGAUUGAUUGGGAUCUUCACAGAAACUUGCCUAAUCCGACAUCACCAGAGGCCGGCCAAGAGCAGCGUGGGGAUGAAGACAAUGAGAACCAACACGAAACCGUUGGCAGACCUUCACUUGCUUUACCAUCUCCUCCAGUCCCUCCACCACAACCAAUUUGGCACCAUGAUUUGGCUCAUUCUACUUGGUCCCGCCACAACAUUCAUCGCUCAGAAUUUCAGGAGUGGGAGAUGAUCAACGACUUGAGGGCAGAUAUGGCGAGGCUGCAGCAAGGCAUGAGUCACAUGCAGAGGAUGCUUGAGGCUUGCAUGGACAUGCAACUCGAGUUGCAACGUUCCGUCAAACAGGAAGUUUCUGCUGCUUUGAAUCGGGCAGGGAGCGGACAAGGUGUUGAUGCAGCAACUUCCGAAAAUGGUUCUAAAUGGGUUCAUGUCAAAAAGGGAACCUGUUGUGUUUGUUGUGAUAAUCAAAUUGAUUCGCUACUGUACAGAUGCGGGCAUAUGUGCACGUGCUCGAAGUGUGCAAAUGAAUUGGUUCGUGGAGGAGGGAAAUGUCCCUUGUGCCGGGCACCCAUUGUUGAGGUUAUCCGAGCUUACUCCAUAUUGUAAACAGAUUACAAACUGACCGAAGAAGAAAAGAAGAAGAAGAAGACGACUUUGAUCAUCUACUUGCUAAAUGAAAGUAGGUUUCUCAGGUUCUUCAUCUCCUCUUCCUCCUCCGUAUGUAAAGUGUUCAGUUUUUUUGCUUUCUUUUUUAUGAUAUCACAUGUAUUGUUAUUGCAUUAUACAAACAAAAGGGAUCGAUUGCCGCAUUUUGAUUCAUCGUUAUCACAUAAAUAAAAUUCCACAUGAAUUUUUCUGGGUU